AUGCCCGAGGGACCGCGCCGGAAGCACGGGCGGGAGCCAUCGAAGCGACCCUUCGUCUUCAAGACGCCGCAGAAGGUCGCAUCGCCCUUUGUCUUUACGAAGAAGGCGCGUCGCCAUGGGGCCAACGACAUCCAUCAUGCCAUGGACGACGACGACGAUGGCGACUUUCUCGGCGACGAGUCGCUUCUUCCAGAACGCGCGCUCUUUGGCACGCCGUCGCGGGCGAAGGCCAUGCGGAGGCCCACCCGGCGGGAGCCGACGCCGGACGAGGUCGCGAUCCGUGCCAAGCUCGUCGCCAACCAGGAGCACCAUCGACUGCAAAUGUUCGAUACCUUAUGUACCCAACUCCACAAACGCAUCGUGGCCCAGACGCAGAGCGCGGCCAAGGAAACAUGCACGAAGAAGCAAGUCGUCCACGUGCUGGAGAAGGCGGCAGCUGUCAUCAAGGACCAGUUCGCCUCCAACGAGCCAACGGAAGAAGAAGCCAAACCACAGCAAGAGACCGUCCACGCCAUCCUCACCUCUCUGGAAGAAAAGCUUGCCUCGUUGCAAGAACAAGAGAAGGAGUGGCGCUCGUUCUUGGAGACGGUACCGGCGACGUUGGCGGCGUUGGCGGCCGCGGCGCCACCCGUCAUCACGGAAGACGUGCGCCCCGCGGGCAGCCGCGGGCAGGCGAGUGCGCAAGAGCUCGCACACGAGCAAACCGCGCUCUGCCAGCGCGUGGUUGAGCUCAAAGAUCAGCUUCGGUUUUUGGACAUUUCGAUCGAAGACCUUGAACGCAUGAUGCACGUCUCGCAGGCAACACGAUCAAGUCUCUUUGACUCGUUCCAUGCGAGUGAGUUCAAGGGCUACGCCCACAUGCAAGCUCCGAAAGACGCUAUCAAAGCGCUCAUGGCGCUCUUCUCGUAA